GGGGAGUGCACCUUGGAUUGCACCUGUCGGUGUGGCAGGGAUGUGUGCGCAGCCAAGGGCUCUGGGUGCCUGUUGGCAGGGCGGAGGGCCAAGCGGUGGCAGGAUCAGCAGCGCCUCCAGGAGUCAGGGAGUCAGCAUGGCUGGGGCCCAUGGGUCGCGGUCCUUAAGAGUGCUUGGCGAAUCGGUUGCUGUUGGGGGAUUCCCACUUCUUGACCUGGCUUGGUGUGGGGUUGACAUGCUGGUUUGUUUGUGCGGAGCGGAAUGGUGGUUCAGCUGUUGAUCCGUACGUAGCUGUCAACCGGUUUUCGUGUGAUCGAGAAGUACUGCUUGCAACCUGACUAACCAACGGGCAAACCGCUACCUUGCGGCAAUUGAGCUUGUGGUCUGCUUUUACAUUGCUUUAUCUUGAGCUGCAUUAAGAAAGCACUUAUACAAGCAAGUUUGCGAGUUGCCCUUGAGGAAUGCAGCGACUACUUCUGCCCACCAACUUUGCAGUCAACUGCCCAUAUCGACUAGCAAAAUGUUCCGUUACCCAACAUACUUCGCGACCUAUGGUCCUGCCGUUGCCCUGUCCAUCGACGAAGCCGCGCAGCCGAUUGCUCGUUCCACCUGUGGAAAUGGGCCGACGAUCUGCAAAGAUUGCUUUGCGGAAGGGCAAGUCGGAUGCUAAGAAAGCCAAGAUCUACGGUCGCGUUGGCAAGAAAAUUAUUCAAUUGGCCAAAGCUGGAGGUGCUGACCCAACAACAAAUGCUGCGCUGGAUACCCUUCUGCGGCAAGCAAAGGACCUCGGCGUGCCUAAGGAUGUGGUAGAGCGCAAUCUCAAGCGUGCCACCGAUUCAAAGCAAGGCGACUAUCAGGCAGUGACGUACGAGGCGUACGGCCCCGGCGGUACGGGCCUGGUGGUGUUCUGCCUCACCGACAACCUCAACCGCACCGCCAGUGACGUGAAGGCCGUCAUCACCAAGGCAGGAGCCAAGGUAGCCGAGCCCGGCUCCGUGCUAUUCAACUUCUCCCGCUGCGGCCUGGUGGUGGUGGGCGGGGGCAGCGAGGACGCCGUGUUCGAGGCGGCCAUGGAGGCGGGCGCGGAGGAUGUGGAGCCC